AUGUCUCGACCGUCGACAGUGCCAUCCCACUAUAGAAAGCGCAAGUGCGUGGCUGCUGUUCUAGUCGUUAUGCUUUCCGCUCGGACGUUGGUCGUGACCAACGGUUUAACGACCACUUCCAGGUCGUCAGCUGAUAUUAGUCUUUCAGCAAACGACCAUCCUGAAAGUGGCGAUUUCCUUGCUAUGUCAGACAUCGGCACCGGCAACGAAAUCAACAGCCGGCAUUUCAGAAUGGCGCGUAGUGAGUUUGCCGAUUAUUGCCUGAAUGGAGAUUGCGUCCAAGGAGACGUUCUCAAAGUAGUCAGCAAAAUGGCCAAACGCAUUUUAAGCGAUCCGCGGAUCCUGGGUCUCCGAACAGCGACCAUAUCAGUAGAUGAUUAUGAGUGGACCGAUGCUCCUGAAGAGUCGCUAUCUCGUGCCAUUAGAAGUACUAGGUUAAAAACCCGUCGGGUUAAUAGUAAUCGCCGUAAUGCUGAUGAAACAUCAGAGAACGGUAAAAAAACGUCCAUUAGUAACAGAAGAUAUCACAGUUCAUCGGAGGAGGAAUCACCUCAGGUAGUAAACCUUGACACCACAGUUAAUUGUUAUAACGCAGCACCUGGCGGAUGGGACUCGUUUGACGUUUUCUACCCGGAUGAGAACUAUGAUGAAGCGUACGGUUCCGGUCCGGAUUACGCAGAAGUUGAGGAAGUCAAAUUGCACAGUACCAAUGUCAACCCCAAAGCUGGUGGUACCAAAAGCAAAGAGUCGUCGGCUCGUGCCAUUGGUGAACCUGCUGGCUUGUUUGAUACAAAGUCAUUUACUAGCCGCGAUGAUACUUACGAAGAAGAUCGGUAUUCAAGAUAUGAUCAAAAUCGGCUUAACAAUCGAUACAGAGAUAAAGAUUCUUACCAAACAAUGACUGGUUAUGACAUGAAUGAGAAUCCUAAGGCGAACAGAUUUCCUGGUAAGGUACACUAUGGCGAAUCGCACGGAUCUAUUCCGGGAUUAGAUGAGUCUCUUGAUCGUGGUACUACCAAAUACAUCCCGAAAAAUAGAGAUGACGACGAUGAUGACGGUGGUCAAAAAGGUGGGGGUGGGGGAGGAGGAGGAGGAGGUGGUUAUGGCGGAGGAGGUGGUUAUGGCGGAGGAAGUAGCUAUGGCGGAGGAGGUGGUUAUGGCGGCGGUUACGGGGGUGGAAGUAGUUACGGGUACAGUGGAUAUGACGAAUGUUGUAAGAACAAACUUUUGCCCAUCCUUUUGGUGGGACUUUUGGGUCUCCUCGGCUUCUUUCUCUACAUCAGAUCGACCACGCUUGCAGCAGCGCGUAGUAUGGACGAUAAUGAUCUCUCUGAUGUGCUGCUGGACGGUCCGACUUGGUUGAGUAUGGUUCACGAAUUAUGGGAGCAAGACACAGUUCUUGAAAAUACCAUCUGCACUCAGGAAACUUUGUGCCGCAUGAACCGGCUGGCUAUGUCCGCGCCAGGACAAGCAGGAUGGGCUGUUUCGUUAUCCAGUUUGCCUUUAAGCUAUCUGUUGCAUACGCGUCAUGUCGGCGGAUUCACUUCCUACAUGGAUGCGGCGAUGAUGGGCCGCUCAGGCGCGAACUGCACCGAACUUUACUCAAGUUGUCCUCGUCUAUCGCAUUAAACGAAUUACAUCACACCAGACAGUGUAAACAUUGACUCUUCCAACGGCGAUUCUAAAAAGAAAAACACACAAAAAUGUUUAAUGAUUAUUUCGGUGUAUAAACACUGUUACUGUAAAUUAAUUUCAUUGAAUUUAAAGUUUAGCAGAUACGUAGCACUGCACAAUAUUAAUUCCUAUAACUUUUUACCAGUUUCUUUUUACUGAUGGACUUCUAUUGUGCCAUGGUUUGGAUAAGGUUAAUUUUUCCUGGAAACUUUGGGUUCUCUUGAAACUUUUCAUUCUUUCCGUUUUCUCUGCUCUCU